UUUUAUUGUAUGAAAAAUGUCUUUGAUUGAAAUUUUUCGUGAUCUUGUUCGAACGCAUAAUAAUUGUGUUGAAAAAUUUGUGCGUCAAUUCGAAAAGUUAUUCAAUGAUUGUUUUCUAUCGUUACGUAAACAAUUACAAGAAACGAAUCAACAAGUUGAUGAUGGUGAUGGAUCCAAUAACACUCGUGAAUGUAAACUUGAUCAGAUACGUUCGGAAAUGUUGAGCAAGAUUCGAGAUCAUUUCCGAGAAAAAUUUAACAAAUUUCUUCGACAACCAGAUACUAGAGAAAAAUUGGUGAUAAUCGGCGAUUAUUGCACCGUCAUGAAACUGAAAAAAGAUAAUGAUCGUAUGAUGUUGGCUACCAGGAAAGGAUUCCGUGAAGAUUUACAAAAAAUUUAUGAAACAAGAAGCGAAUGUCGCCGCGAGAAACAACAAUAUUUGGAACAGUUACAAGAUAAUGUCAGAAAAAAUGCUGAAGAAAUUUUAAAUAUUCGUAAUCAGCUUAUGGUGAAUUUGGUGAAAACGAUCAGUCCAGAUAACAGAACUUUUGAUGCAGAUAAUUUUUGUGACAUGGUCACUCUUGAACAACAAUUACACCAAAAUUCAAUUGUUUAAAUUUUUGAUUAUUUUUUUUAUAAAUAAUUUCCAUAACCUAAACUAAAUGGAAUAUU